UGCUCCGCAUUGCAUCGAGUCAAUGUCACCGCCGGUGACAGCACUGCCCCACCUCUCCGCAACGAGUUUAGGAAACUCGAGAUUCGUUUCGUCCGAGCAAAUUGAGCAUUUUGGUUCUGAGUCUGAAUCUGAUAGAUUCGAUUCCCGACCCGCCGGAAAACCCGACCCGCCGAGCACGCAGGCACCCAUGAUCUAACCAGAUCUUAUCUGAUUCCUUCAGAUCUCUGUCUCUCCCUCUCUCCGUUGCCCAUCUCCAGCAUCAAUCCAUCCAAGCACGAAUUCCACCCGCGGCAAAAUUCGUCCUUGAGCUCUGCCCAUUUCAUCUUUCGAGUCGGCGGUCAUCUGGGUAUCGGAAAUCUCGCGCCUUGCUUCGGCGAUCGACCCGCCUGGUUGAUGCUUCGACCCGGAUCCUAGCGAUCGGAGCGGGUUGGAUCGGAGCUCCCCGGCGGCCGGAAUCGAGAUGGGAUCCUCUCACUCGGUCCAGGAAGUGAGGGACGAGGACGAGAGCCAAGAGGGAGAAGACGGCGACGAGGAGGAAGAGGAUGAGGAGGAGGAAGACGAGAAUGCGGUGCUCAGCAGGAGCGAGUUGAGCAAUACCCACCUGGUGAAGAAGGUCCUGGAGCAAGAGCCGGAGAUGUUGCCGUGCUACGCGUCGGCGUCGCCGCUCUCCCCGCAGCUCUCCACCCUCGGGACGCCGCGGAUGGGGCCGUCGAUCAAGGUCUGGGACCCCUACAACGUCCUCGCGCCGCCCCCGCCGCUGCCGCCGCCUCCGCCGGUGUUCUCCCGGAGCUUCUCCUCGAGCACGAUGGAGGAGGACCGGGGCGCCGUCACGACGGAGGUGUUCUUGAUCAGCCAGGGCGAGUGCGAGGCCAGUUUGAGGCCGGAUUUGGUUGGCGGGCGGUGCGCUGCCGCGGGGCUGACAACCAACGGGAAGCGGCAGGCCAGGGCCUUGGCCGUGCUGCUGAAUUCGCACGGUGUCCGGUUCGGCGCGGUUUAUUCUUCGCCGCUGGAUCGAGCAAGGUCGAUGGCAGCUUUCGUUUGUCAGGAAAUGAAUUUUUCCUUGGAACAGAUUCAGUUGUCAGAUGCGCUUACAGAGAUGAGCCAAGGUCAAUGGGAGGGAUGUCCUGUGUCAGAAGUAUAUACACCUGAAAUUUUGGGUGUAAUGGAGAGACUUCAGCCUGAUUUUUCUGCGCCGGGUGGAGAGUCACUUAGGGAGGUGGAGUUCAGAAUGGUUCACUUCUUAAAUGGAACCGUGCUCGGUCUGCACGAGAAGUUGCGCUUGGAUUUCUCUCUCCACGGUGCAAAUGAGAACCAUCGAUACUCCCACCAGAAUGCAUAUGCUUCAUCUAAUUUUAUCGGCGACCGAGAUGGUCCUUCCCUCCCAUCACCCCGCUCCGAUUUGCUUCACAGGCACCGGCAGGGACUUGCGAAGAAAAAAUCUGGGAAGAGCAGGCUUCAGUAUGUAACUACUACCGGAGAUCAUGAUCCCGAAGAUGAAAAUUCUCCUCAGGAAGUGCAUCCCCAGAACACACUGCACGAUCUAAGUGAAAGGAGCUCUCUUUCCAGUAUUGCCUCUUGUGUCGGUAUAUUUACGCAUCCAACUGCGAUAAAGUGUCUAAUCACAGGGAUUAUGGGUUGCAGUCCGCUAAUGUCUCAUAAGAUCUGCGUGGAAGAUUCCUCAGUAACAGCCUUACAACAUUCCUGGAAAACGGGGUGGCAGAUAAAAAGAUUAAACGAUACCUCGCACCUGAGGCUCCUUUAGAUGGAGAACUUGACAGACACAAAGCUCGGUACCGAGAAGAUUGGGGAUUGAUUAUCGAGUUAUGGUUUAUGUUUUGGAUUUGUAUGUUUGAGUGAUUCUUUUGACCUCUGCAAACACUUGCAUUGAUGUUGUAAUCUAUCAUAUAUUUAUUCCUCCAUGUUCGUGAA